AUGUCCCCGACAACACCAACGGACUUUGGCUCCUUCCCCCCGCCCCUCACCCGCUCCUCCACCCUCCCGACGGCCCUCAGUACCGGCACCGCAAACAGCAGCACGAACAACAGCACCACAAACUUCCACCAGCAGCGCCAGGACAGAUCCCGCCUCGCUCCCGAAGAUGCCUUCCUAGCGACAUCCCCGCCACGCCGACCCGUGCCCUCCUUCCCCGAUGUGUCCACCCUCGGCGCAGACCACCGCGCCGCCCGCGCACGCCUCCGUCACAAUGCCGCCUCUGCAGUCGCUGGGAGCCACCGCUCCCGCUCUCGCCGGAGUCGCAAGCGGACCUGGAAGAAGCUCAUGUGGGUGAAGCAGAGCUACCCGGACAACUACACGGACCAAAACACCUUUCUCGAGAGCCUCCAGCGCAACCCGCGCCUGCAGCCCUACGACUUUUGGCCCCUUGUCGCCGAUUCCACGGUGAUUGUUCAGCACGUCUGCUCCAUCAUCCUCUUCAUCGUCUGCUUCGUCCUAAUAUCCCAGGAACGCGUGUCACCCGUGUCCAUUGUGUCGUUCAGCAGCAUGGCGACGUUCUUGGGGUGGCUGCUGUGGGAGCGCUGGGAGGCCGACGAGGAGCGGAAAGAACUGGGUCUGGCGGGCGGCGGCAGCAGCAGUGCCACGGCCGCGGGGCGGAGAUUGGAGCCGAGUCGAAGGACGGGGAGUAUGAGGCAGCGGAGCCCGCCGCUGCAUGACGACGGUAGUGCCGCCGCGGCUUCGUCCACGGCUACGACGGCCACGAGCUCCGCGACGAAUUUGUCGAGUACCGCUGGCGCAGAGCGGCCUCGUCUGGCGCGGCAUUCGCAUUCCGCCUCUGCGAGCUCCCUUAUUUCUUCCACGUCGGCGACCUCGCAGUCUGUCUACCGCCGCUACAGCCAAGAAGUCGGCAGUAGCAUGCCCCUCCCGCGGCGAUCCUCUUUCCCUCUGCCAGGCGACGACAACAGCCGCCUCAACCAGCGUCUCAGCACCGUCAAGAGCGCUAUCCUCAUCUACUCCACUCUUCUCGGCCUCUCCCCCAUCCUCAAAUCCCUUACAAAGUCGACAUCGAGCGACAGUAUUUGGGCCAUGUCGUUCUGGCUCCUGACCAUCAACAUCUUCUUCUUCGACUACUCGGGCGGCGUCCGCGUCAACAUCCCCGCCUCGCUGUCCACCAACGCGGCGCUCAUGGCCUCGACGGUGCUCGCUUCGCGGCUGCCGUCCACGGGUCAGGUCUUUAGCCUCACGCUGUUCAGUAUCGAGGUCUUUGGGCUGUUCCCCGUAUUUCGGCGGUAUGCGCGCCACCGGAGCUGGGGGUACCACUAUGCCAUGACGGUGUUCCUCGUGCUUGGCGCGGGUGCCGGUGUCGGGGUUAUCGUGGGUGACAAUGGCAGUGGUGUUGCAGCCGGUAGUUGUGCCGGUAUGGGAAUAUCCUGCUGGCCUUGGAAGGGCGCCGUCGCGGGCAUGGUCGUCAGCGUGCUCAUCUCGGCGAUUGCGAUGGGCGGGUGUAGUUGGUGGCUGAUUGGGUUGCAAAAGUACAAGAAUGAGAUUUAUGGGCCGUGGGAUCCGGCAAGGCCUAUUAUUAUGAGUCGACGGCUUUGGGAUGAUGGGUAA